UUGUCAAUAUAAUUCAUGCUUUUAUGUGUCAAUUUUCCCUUUCCGCCAGCCUUCCAUUUCUUCAGUCAUUUUUCAUUCACAGCACCUGCGGCACCUUCACCAGCUGGUAUCAGCCCCGCACCACCUCCUGCCAAUGGUAACAACGCUUCUGCUGUACCCCAAAUGGUACUCACUUCCGGCCAUGUGACACAAGGAGUUCAGGGUGCUCAACUUCUCAUACCUACUUCCCAGGGAAUCGCAGUACAGCCGAUCUUAACCAUUCCUCUGGGCCAGGCCGGAGUCCAGGGCUCAUCCUCGCUCGUCAAUCCUCUCGUACCUCUCCACCACUUGCAGCAUCAAGGUCCCCAUCCGCAACACACAGGUUCUGCUACUUCGUCGCCCCUCCCACCCAAUUCGUCCUCGAAUUCCUCUUCCUCUUCUUCCUCUUCCUCUACGUCCGCCGCUCCGCACCCUUUACUAGGCUUAGCAGGACUGCCACCAUCCCUCUUCCAUGCUCAUCACGCCCAUAACAACAACAACAACAACAACAGUAAUAACAACAACAACAAUAAUAUGGGCACACCCGAUAAACCAAAAUUACCGUUGUCUUUAUCGUCUCCUGUAACGGGUAGGUUAUUUUACAUGAUAUUUUAG